UGAAUGAACGAUGCUAGUAAUUCCAAUAAGAUGAACCAAAGCAACAGACAGGGGGUUCUUUCUUUCUCCCUGCAUUUCAGUUCUUUUUUUCCCCUUAUCCUAGUCCUUGUUUAUGUUAGGAUUAGAAAAGCUAAGUACCAGCUAACUGAAGAAAAAGAGAGACAAGAUCAAGGAAUAGCAGAGAUGUCUGAUCUUCCAGGCUUCCUGAGCGUGCGAGUGCUGAGAGGGGUAAACCUUGUCAGUCGUGAUGCUACCGGCAGUGACCCCUACGUUGUGCUUCACUUGGACCAUCAGAAAGUAAAGACAGGUGUGAUGAAGAAGACGGUAAACCCAGUUUGGAAUGAAGAACUGACUUUAGCUGUCAAGGAUCCAGCAACACCUAUAAAGCUAGAGGUUUUCGACAAGGACACAUUCAGUAAAGAUGACCGGAUGGGCGAUGCAGAGUUUGACAUCGAGGCUCUGAUGCAGAUCGUGAAGAUGGAUCUGGAGGACAUCCGCAGUGGCACUGUCGUACGCACCGUGCGACCUGGAAGACAGUGCUGCUUGGCGGACGAAAGCAACAUUAUCUGGGAGAACGGUCAGAUUGUGCAAGACAUGCUUCUCAAGUUGAGAAAUGUUGAGACCGGCGUGGUGCACCUGCAACUGAAAUGGGUGAAAAUUACAGAUAUUGGUUCCUCAACUUGGUGAAGAAAUCCACUUCAAAAGAAAACUUGGUGAAGAAAUCAAUGUUGAUUAUUUCAGCAUUUUACCAUACAGAAAUGUUGUGCUCUUCUCACUAAAUGUAGUUGUAUAUGUAAUUUCUAUGACAAUGUUGGGAAUUCUAAAUGCAAGUCUUGUUUGUAACAAAUAUAGUAGGUUGAUCAGAACUGAUAAAAUGUAUUGCUUGGACACACAGUCUACGUGGGAUUUCAGUUGUUUGU